AUGGCUGGAGGACGAGGGGCGAAGAAGAGUGGACGCGGUGACGGAGGACGCGGUGAGGCGUCACGUCAGUCGCGUCGUGUUCAUGGUAUGGAGCCUGAGGAGCACAAGGACCUGGAAACAGUCGUCCGCGACGCUCGGAAGGCGAAGAAGGCUGCUCGCGAGAGCGAGGCAGUGCAAGGUGGGGACGUCGAGGCGUCUGCAGUUCAAGAUCAGCCUGCUGCUGGAUCGCAAACCCAGGAGGAAGCAGUUUCCCCUGAGUUCCAAGGUUCGACGGAGGUGAAUUCUGGGUCGCGGAUGCCUGAAGUCCCAGAGGAGCACACCCGCGAGGGUGGUGCUCAGGCGUCUGAGGGAGGCGCCAAUGCGGUUGAUCCCCCGGAGGUGAUUGACUUGGUCUCAUCUUCGGACGAGUCUGAUGUGGAAGUGAAGUCGGAGCCCGUGCGAGCGAAGGAGGAGGCGAAGACUCAGAGUUCCAAGGUGAAUUCUGGGUUCGCACCACCUGAACCCAGAGUUUCAGCGCCAAGCUCGCAAGCGGCACCCAGGAAAACGCCUGAAAGCGACAUCCGGGAAGCUGCUGCGCCUGCUCCGGAAUCGGGAGCAGCGGCGUUGGACACUGAUAACAUGGUGCUGUACGUCCGACGUGAAGUUCGACGCUGGGAAGAGGUGAAUCCUUGGAAGGUGACGCCCCCAAGUGUCGUCUAUGAGUGGCCGACUCCGAAACCGGACGCUAACUCGUACUUCGCGACCGCAUACGCAACAGGGGACUACUUCAAGUGGCAUUUGUCUCUGACGAACCAAGAUGAGGCCUGGAUCGCGGAGUUUCACCUCGCCCGGUGGGGCGUCAGAACUGCCCAGGAUCUCAUGGCGACUACGAUUCCCCAGAGCAUCAUGACCACACGUGAGUGCAUCGCCAUUCUGCAGACUCUGUUCUUCAAAGCCGGAUUUGAGUUUGUCAACUUGAUCCCUGGCUGGUCUUCGACGCGUGCUUCCAGAAUUCCAGAAAGUCUGGUGCGCUAUGUCAUGGAGGAAACCCAGAAUUCCAUCGCCGUGGAACUGGUCGAGUGGAGAUUUGUGAUAGCUGGCGUGCCUUUCAAGGUAAACUCUGAAGAUCACACCGCACCAAGCGCCCAAGAGCAAGCACCAAGACUGGACUACCAUAAGGAAGACGGAGACGGUGAUCUA